AUGGAGCACGGCAGUGCCUGCAGAGUGUCGCUCUGCACCCGCCGGGCUGACCCCCUGGGAGCUUCCUUCUAUCUCAACACGUUUGGCCAGCUGAAGCUGUCCAUCGAGGUGCAGGGCCGGACCCUGGUGCUGCAUGUCAUGGAAGCAAAAGGUCUGAUGGGAGCAGAGUGCCGUGCAUGUGACUCCUACGUGAAGAUGUCCAUCGUGCCAGAUGCUGACUGGAAGUGCAGGCAAAAGACAAAGACUGUGCCAGACAGCAAAAAUCCUGUCUUCCACGAGCACUUUGUUUUCCCAGUGCAAGAGGAUGAUGAGCAGAAGCAUCUCCUGGUCACAGUCUGGAACAGAGAGAGACAUUCCAGGCACAGUGAACUGAUUGGCUGCAUGAGCUUUGGAGUGAAGUCCCUCCUGACCCUGGACAAGGAGAUCAGCGGCUGGUACUACCUCCUCGGGGAAGACCUGGGCAGGACCAAGCACCUGAAGGUGGCCAUGAGGAGGCUGAAGCAGAGCACAGACCCCCUCACACAGAUGCCUUGAGGACAGGAGUGUGACUCUGGUGUCUCCCUGCAGAUCACAAUCCCUCGAGGGGCUGAUGGGUUUGGUUUCACAAUCUGCUGUGACUCCCCAGUCCGUGUGCAGGCAGUGGACUCUGGUGGCCCAGCAGAGAAGGCAGGUCUGCAGCAACUGGACACGGUGCUGCAGCUGAAUGAGCAGCCCGUGGAGCACUGGAAAUGUGUAGAGCUGGCACACGAAAUCCGGAACUGUCCCACCGAGAUCAUCCUCCUGGUGUGGAGGUUGGUCCCGCAGGUCAAACCAGCACAUGAAGGCAUGAUCCGCAGGUCCUCCUGCAAGUCCUCCUACGACCUGCAGUCCCCCCCCAACAAGAGGGAGAAGAACAGUGCCGUGGCUGCCCAGGCUGAGCAGCGCCGCAGCUGCCACGUGCUGUACGACCGGAGCGACGGGCUGGUGCUGGACGGCUGGGAGAGGUACACGGAGCUCGGCAAGAGGGGCCAGAACACCAUGCCAGCCCUGUCCAGGGUCCCCUCCUCUGCAGACCAGAACUACAUCAUCUUAGCUCCUGUGAACCCAGGGAGCCAGCUGCUGAGGCCUGUGUACCAAGAGGACAACACUACUGGGGGGAAUGCCUCUAAAGGGAAGUCCCACACAGGCUCUGGGAGGAAAUCCAGGCUGAUGAAGACUGUGCAGAACAUGAAGAACUAUGCGAACUACCAGAACUGCACCAUAGUGAGGCCACACAUCCCCCACUCCUAUGGCACAUAUGUGACAUUGGCUCCCAAAGUGCUGGUCUUCCCCAUCUUUGUGCAGCCACUAGAUCUCUGCAACCCAGCACGAACUCUGCUUCUGUCAGAGGAGCUGCUGCUUCAUGAGAGCAGGAGCAGGACCAUAGAGGUGACUCUCUUUGUCUACUCUGACCUGCUGCUCUUCACCAAGGAGGAUGAGCCAGGGCACUGCAACGUGCUGAGGAACCCUCUGUACCUGCACAGUGUCAAGCUCCAGGAGGGUGAGUGUUCAGAAGAUCGGAAGUUCUGCCUCCUUUACCUUGCAGAGAAGUCAGAGUGCUUAUUAAGUUUGGAGGCUUACUCCCAGGAGCAGAAGAAGAGGAUCUGCUGGUGUCUGGCUGAGAACAUCACCAAGCAGCAACAUCCGGCAGCAGCUCCUACGGACAGCAAGAUGCUGGAGACAGACGCUGAGAAACCAGGCCAGAUGCACUCGGAGGACGGGAAGGCAACAGCGGGUGAUGCUCCUCCAGCUGCUGAGGCACCAGCCCCAGCCAAGGCCUGGGAUGCUCUGGGAGCCACCCAAGGUCCUCUCCUGGAGGAAAAGCAGCCAGUGGCCACCACAAAGGGAGAGGAGCAGCCCAGCUCUCUGUCAACCUUCGUCAUCCCCGAGCUGCGGCUCGACAGCACCUUCAGCCAGAGCGCGGCAGGUGGGGCAGGCAGCACCACGGAUGGAGAGGACGAGGAUGAAGAGGAAGAUGAGGAUGAGGAGGAUGAGGACAGUGAUGAGCAGUACUUGGAGAGGAAUGAGAUGAAGCGCAGCAGCAUGAUCGAGACCUCUGGCUGUCAGCCCGUGUACACGCUGAGCGUGCAGAGCUCCCUGCGGCGCCGCACGCACAGCGAGGGCAGCCUGCUGCAGGAGGCCAAGAGCCACUGCUUCACCUCUGACACCACCCUCAACUGCUUGGACAACCACGACACCACGGGCCACUGGGCCCUGCCUUCCCCCAGGACCCUCAAGAAAGAGCUUAUCAAAAAUGGAGGCUCCAUCCAUCAGCUCACGCUGCUGUUCUCGGGCCACAGGAAG